AUGGCCAUGGCUGUUGCCUUCUUCGAGUACUUGCCGGAGCGAGGGAUUUCUCUACGAGCCGCGGAGCUUCGUCACCUGUGUUGGAUACUGGCGGAUGUGAGAAAGAGAUCUGCAACCUUCCAUGCGCUGUUCUAUGUGUUCCGCGAAACGGUCCCAAGUUUCUUGGCGGUGCCUCUUCAGAAGGUCACCCUGGCUGCAGGCGCUGCUCACACUUGCGCUGUGAAGGCGAGCGGUGAGCUGGUGUGCUUUGGGCACAGCGGAUACGGCCAGUGCGACGUCCCGGCAAGCUUGGGCCCUGUGGUGACCGUCGCUGCAGGCGCUAGUCACACUUGCGCUGUGAAGGCGAGCGGUGAGCUGGUGUGCUUUGGGGACAACCGAUACGGACAGUGCGACGUACCGGCAAACUUGGGCCCUGUGGUGGCCGUCGCUGCAGGCUCUUAUCACAAUUGCGCUGUGAAGGCGAGCGGUGAGCUGGUGUGCUUUGGGAGCAAAUAUGAGGGCUGGUACGAUGUCCCGGCAAAAUUGGGCCCUGUGGUGGCCGUCGCUGCAGGCGGUGGUCACACUUGCGCUGUGAAGGCGAGCGGUGAGCUCGUGUGCUUUGGGGCCAACGCUGAGUACCAGUGCGACGUCCCGGCAAACUUGGGCCCUGUGGUGGCCGUCGCUGCAGGCGGUUGUCACACUUGCCCUGUGAAGGCAAGCGGUGAGCUGGUGUGCUUUGGGGCCAGCGCUGAGUACCAGUGCGACGUACCGACAAACUUGGGCCCUGUGGUGGCCGUCGCUGCAGGCGAAGAGCACGCAUGCGCUCUGAAGGCGAGCGGUGAGCUGGUUUGCUUUGGGGGCAACGACUAUGGCCAGUGCGACGUACCGGCAAACUUGGGCCCUGUGGUGGCCGUCGCUGCAGGCGGUUGUCACACUUGCGCUGUGAAGGCAUGCGGUGAGCUGGUGUGCUUUGGGCUCAACCAUUGCGGCCAGUGCGAUGUGCCUGCAACUUUGGGGCUCUUGUCGUCCCGCAUUGUUCCAACAUCUCUGUGUUCUGGAGAAAGAGCAGAUCGGGGCACAGUCACGCAGGUCGUGCACCACACGGAGGCGGCUGCGCAGAUCCAUCCGGAUGAGGCAGCCGCGAUCGUGGCUGAGCAGGAGGCCUCCCUCAUCCAGCACAACAUCGAUUCCACACUUUGGACCGCUCAUGAGGAGGAUGCAGAGUCCGACAGUGACCGGCGUUUUCGGAGGCUGAUUCUGCUGGAGUUCACGCGCUGUCCGGCCGAGCUUACUGAAGUCCUGGAGCAGUCGGAAGCCUUGCGGCCGACCCGAGAAGCGCUGACCCGCGAGGGCUUCCACUGGCUGCAGCCCACCGGCGCCAAGGUCAUCGUGGAGCCGGAGCUCAUGCGGCUGCUCCGCAGCCAGCGCUCGGUGGAGCUCCGGGCUCACCAUGUCCUGGUCACAGAGGAUCUUGAGGAUUUCGUCAUGGACGCUGUGCAUUCUCUCCCAUCCAGGCGGAAAGUGCGCCUCCGAAGCGCCACCCCCAUGGCGCUGACAGAUGGCGAUGAGCUCGUUUUGGUUCGACGCACGUUUCUCCACCUUCCGCCGACGCAGCUCCAUCAUGCCGCCUCAGUCGCGCAAUCCACUACAGAGGCCCGCGUCAACCAUGGCACGAAUCCGCGGAGAGUCUUCGCGCACACCGACUAG